AGUGGGUGGCGGUAAUGCGCAUUAAUAAGCCGCUUGCCAACCGCCAUAAAGCAGCAGAAGAAGUAGCCCUGGUGACGUCAGCCACAGUAGCGUUGAGCUGCAGCAGGCUUCAGUUGAUUUCAGCAACUAGGGCAACAGUCAGCGGUCAGAUGUGGAGUCAUGAAUUAAAUGUCUUCGUUUUGGUCGCAACGUGAUGCAAGCAGGAACAGGCGCGGAGGAAAACUCCGAACAACUUCCGCUAGUCUUCUUCGACUUGGAGACGACUGGACUGGGUCAGGACUGUGAGAUCAUCCAACUGGCUGCGGUGAGCGGAGGCCACUCGCUCAACCUCUACGUCCUCCCCCGGUGUCGCAUACAACCAGGAGCGGCCAGACUCACAGGCUUUAAGGUCCGCAGACAGAGGCUCUACCUCCAUCACCGACUCGUCUUCACCAACUCCCUCAAAGAGGUCGUCGUCGCCUUCGUCACUUUCCUUCAGAUGCUCGGUCGCCCCCUCCUCGUCGGCCACAACAUCCGGAGCUUUGACUGCCCCCUGCUGGCUCGGGCCCUGGACCAGCUGGACCUCAGAGCCGAGUUUCAGGCUUCGGUGUCGGGCUGCGUCGAUACCCUGCCGCUGGCUCGGGAGCUGCUGAGGGACCGCGGGCUUCGGAGUUUUCGCCAGGAGAACCUGGUCAGGGAGCUGCUGGGGAUAAACUACAAGGCCCAUGAUGCUUUGGAGGACGUGAGAGCGUUACAGGAGCUCUACAGUUACCUUCAGCCAGCCCCAGAAUUUGUCUGCAGGCACACGUUUACUCUGGACUCUAUGAACUGCAAACCAGCUGAGCUACAUAACAGGAAGCUGGCAGGACAGCGCCCCCUCCUGGAGAACUCCAGACAGACGGGGAAGUUAACAAAACACGAUGGAGAAGUUGAUGGACUUGAACAUAAAGACACAUAAACAAAGACAAGAGGUUAACCGCUUCUUUAAGCUGUAUUUCACACUUCAGCAGUUUCUUAAAUGUCCGAUUGUUUUGGCUGAAAGGGUGACGUAUGACACCGUCAAAUGUUCAAUUAAUUACUCCAAGAUGUUGGGUCGUCUGCAUGCGUAGUUAUUUAUUGCAGGUUGUAAUGCAAAAGCAGCUUCAUAUACCUGAUGUUUUAUUAUUUUCCUUGUGACAGAAGCUUUUUCUUAAACAUGAAUAAAAAUAAUAUAAAGUUCAGGAGUAAAUUGUAAGCAGUAACAUGAAUUUGUGACAGCAAAUGCAUUCCAACUUGACAGGUACAGGUCUUUAACACGGGUCAGUGAUCAGUUCACUAUUUUUAUUUACAUAUUUGGAGCCUAACCUGUCAUCAUCCAAAAAUGAGGAUAAAUCCAAAAUCCAGUGAACAGAACAAAACUUUCCUAUGAAUCAGGA